AUGGGCGAUAACAUUCAUGCCCCCACAGUCGCCUCCGGACCGACGUCUGGAGGCAUCCAGAUCGACUGGUCCACAUUGUCGAUGCCCGAGCUCAUGCAGCAGAAGGAGAAGAUCGAAGAGGAGCUCAAGGCGCUCAGCUCGGUUCUUACCACGCAUGGAGUGACUAUGCGCUCGACACUCACGACCUUUGACGGCUAUCCUCGCGACGAUAUCGACAUUCCACAGGUACGAGCUACACGCGUUCGGAUGAUCCACAUCCAAAAUGACCACAAGGAAGUCAUGAAAUACCUCGAAAAGGGUCUCCAUGCGCACUUUGCGCAAUUACAGAAAGCCCAAGCCACUGCCACAACUAACGGUACCACUGCGCCUGUUAUUGCACCACCCUCUGCACUCGAGGACAGCAUCGCCGAUGCGGCUGCCCUCGGGACACCAUUCGCCAAGGUCAACAGUGUUGAGUUAGGGAGCCCAGCUAACCAGGCAGGCCUUAUGGCUGGUGACCUGGUUCGGGCCUUUGGAAACGUUCACUGGUUGAAUCAUGAACGUCUUUCUAAGGUCGCCGAAGUGGUUCAACAGAACGAAGGGCGACCAGUGGUGAUCAAGGUAUCGCGCAAGGAGGAGGGUGGAUCCCAAACUAUCGAGGUAGAGCUGCAGCUUACUCCCCAACGCAAUUGGGGCGGUCGGGGACUUCUAGGAUGCCAUCUUGUCCCGCUGUAA